AUGAUAUCAAUAUUAGCGGUAAUUAUAGUAAAUAUAAAUUUAAAAUUGAGAUUUACAAUGAGUUCUGAUAGUGAGGAAACAUGGUAUUCAGUAGAAGAUUUAACUUCUUUAGCUGAUAUAUAUUUAAAUAAAAUAUUGAUAUAUAUACCAAUAGAAAGUUUAUCUAUAUCAAGUAUUAGUAGAUUCAGAUCAUGGGAAUAUAUAGAUAAUUUGAAAUUACCAUUAGUGGAAUUAAAGGAUAUUUUACAAAGUCCUUUAUCUUUAAUGAAAAAACUUUCUAAAGUUAUUAUACAACAAUUUGAUAUGACUAGAUUAUCAAAUUCACUUGAUUUGAUAGCUUCAAAUAAAAAUAUUUUAAUUAAGAUUCAACAUAUAGAGAUAAGAUUGGAUACAAACUUAGAUAAUCAAGAGUCAUUUGAAGAUUUAUUUAAAUCUUUUAUUAAUUUACUAAAUAAUUAUACUAAUUUAAAAGAUGAUAUAAAGAUUCUAACUAUAAAAGAUAAUUCAAUAUCUUUGAUAUCUAUAUUAAGGAUUAUUUAUGAAUACUUUCCAAAUAUUUCUAGAAUAGAAUUACAAGACUGUGAAAUUUACAACUUUAAAAGUUCUAGUAUGAAUAAAAUUAUUCUUAAUUCAGUACAAGAAUUAAGUUGUAUACGUUGUGAUCCUAUUAUUACUCAGCAUUUACCAAAAUUGAAGAUUAUAGAUUAUGAACCAAGUAUACCUAUAGAAUUAACUUCUUUGAAUGUUUUUGAAAGUAAAAUAACUCCAAAAGUACAAGUAUUUAAUUUAAGAAUACCUAAAAAAAUAUCUGAUAUUUCUUAUUUACAGAUAUUUUUUGAAAAUUUUCCUCAGAUAGACAAUUUAUUAGAGUUUAAAAUAAAAGGUAAUUGGUUAUCUGAUAAACAAAGAAGUUUUGCUAUACAUUGUAAUAAUAGUACUAGACUGCAAAGUAAUCUAGAUAUUUUAAAACUAAAUAUAAAAUUUCCAAGUUUAAAGAAGUUGGUUUUAGAAUCCCUAUAUAUUUCUUUGGAAUUUUUGGAUAUAUUUUCAUCUAUGUAUAGGUAUUUAUUUAAUGAAGCUAAAAAUAAUAUGAUAGAUUACUGUAUAUAUUUUGAAGAUGGUCAAUCAAAUAUAAAAAGUUAUAAUAUAAGACGUUACAAACUUUCUUCAAUAGAAGAGGAAUCAAAUAUUCUUUUAAGAAAUACACAAGAUCUAUAUAUUAAUGAUAAAUGUAAUAAUUUUGAGAAGACUACUAUUAAUUUUUCUAAUGAAAUGAUUAAUACUUAUGAUAAUAAUGGACCAACUAUUAAUUUAUGUGAUUCUAAUUUAGAUUCAUCAUAUUCAUCUUCAAUUAAUAUGCAACCUUAUUUAGGAAUUAAUAUGUGGAUAAUAGACUCAAUUUCAGAAGAUUCCUGGCCACUUGAGAAUGAGAGAAAAUUAAUAAAUCAAGGGAAAUUUGAAAUUCCUACACUUGAUAAUCAAUUAAAAGAGAUACAGGGUGAAAGUAUAUCUGAUAUUUUUAAUUUAGUAAUACCUAUGUCACUUAUACCCAAUAUAGUGGAUCCACUUAAAACAAUUUUUAUUGUAUCACCUACAAAAUUAAUAUUAUCACUUGGAUAUGAUAACCUAUUUUAUUCAGGUUAUAUUUUGAAUAUUAUGUGGUAUUAUCAAACAAAUUUAACAGAUAUUUCAAUUCUUCCUUGUUAUCUUCCAUUAGACUACUUUUUAAAGCUAUCGUUAUUUCGGAUAAAAUCUCUUAAAGUUACUCUUUUACAGGAUAAGGACCUUAAGAAAGAUCAUUUAAUAAAUUUGUGUCAAUGGGUUAAAACCCAUAAAAGUAAUUUAACCAAUUUACAUAUCAGAAUUACUGGGACAAGUUCUAAAUGGGUUCCUAAGCCUACAGAUAUAGAUCGAAUUAUAACUUUAUGGAAUAAAAUGUGUCCUAAAGCUAAAGGACAAAUUGAGUUUCAAUGUUGCUAUACAGAACAUAUCUUUAAAAAUAUGAAUCCUUCUAUUUACUAUAUGGAUAGUUUAGAAGAUUCAGACUAA